AUGAGCCAGGCCAACGUGGAGGGCUCAAUCGUGAGUCCAGCGACGUUCGCUCUCGUCCGAGUGCUCGGCGACCGCUUCAACCGGGCGUGUUGGCGGGGGAGGGAGAGGGCGGGCGCGGGCUACGCCGGCGCCCGCCGACCCCGCGUCCUCGCGGCCGGUUGCCCCGGGCCAGGUCGGGGGGUGGAAGUGACGCCGAGGACGUUCUGCGCGGAGUGGCGCCUGGCCCGCCACUGCCGCGGAGCCGUGCUCGCGCCGCGCCCAACGCAGCCGGACAGAGCUGCUCGCACGACGGUUCCCGGCGUGCUUCGUGCACCCGGAAAGCCCCGCCCGAAGCGCGCCUUCCCGCGUGUCGGGCCGCCCGUGUCCAAGUUUUCCAGCCACACGUCGAGCUGUCGCGUCGCCGCCGUUUUCCGCAGGCACAGACGAUCGCCGCAGGCAGGUGUGCUCGCAGUGUGCCGCCUCGUGCGCGGCGUCACGCGUCGCCGCUCUUCUGCGGCGAGCCGAACGGCGCGCGCCGGAACAGCCCCUCGCGCCAACAUGACACUACGGACUACAUGCAGUCUACGCGCUGUUCAUAGCGCGGGGCUUCCGACGCCGUUCCGAGCGUGUCCGGCGUCGGCGCCCGCGCGGCGACCACCGUCCUACCGCACGACAGCCCGGACUAGACCGGGCCGCUGCGGCGUGGGCGGCGGCGACGGCGACUCCAGCCGUCGGCGUCGUGGUGCGCGUGCGACGCGGGCAUGGCCGCUCGCGCCGCCCCCGCAACGCUCGCGUGCCGAGCCGGAAGACGCGUGGGUCAGUGGCGCCGCGACGUCGCGAGAUGUCGCUAGCGCGGCAAGCCCGCCGAGCGCCGGGCAGCAAACCCGCCUCGCCCCCGCGCCCCGACGCGCGCAACGCGCCCGGCUCGGCCUGCGUCCUCGACCGGCUGGCUGCCUUCGUCGCGUCCCCCGCGUGCCCGACGCCGCCGGACAGUCACCCAAGGGGCACUUCGCCCGUCGGCGCUCGCCUCCGAGCGCCCGGGCAGCAUACCUCGCCACGGCGACGGCGUCGUCCUCCUCAGUGUUCCGUCACCGUCGGGGUGUGCGCGCACGUCUGCCCGCCGUCGUGGUGUCGCCUCGAGCAGCACGCUCCCCGCCCGCCUCGCCGACGCGGUCGCCUCCCAUGGUCUCCGCGCCGCCGGACGAGGGGCUCGUGGGCGCCGGCGAGGACAACGACACGCUGUGGGUGUUCGCGCCGGGCAGUUGGCCGCCUUGCCCCGGCGCCUGGGGGCGAGUGCUGCGGCCGAAACCGCCGCCGGCCAUGUGGCGGCCCGGCGUGCCGUACGUGCAGCAGCACGAGCUCAGCGCCAUUCCCGAGGCGGACGUGUCCCAGUCGGUGUUGGAGGGCGAAGGUUCCGAACGCCGCUCCCCGGCGCAGCCGCCGCCACCGCCGCCGCCACCACCGCCGCCUCAUUCCCCGCUGGUGUUCGGGACAGUAACGGGCGAAGCUGCGGAAUUCAGCAUGGGUCCACGAGAGAAUCUCCAUGGGUUAUUGAUCGCCACUCAUCUGGCCGCGCAACGAGGCGACCCUUGGUUGCCUCCGGAAUCUUUACCGUUUGUUACGUCUGCCUCCGCCCGGCCCAUCACACACGCGCCUCCUUCCCCCUCACCAGGCCCACCCCACUCGCAAGACUCUCCUCCUGUCCAGAGCGACUUCCUUCCGUGCUCUUAUCCUUUCCCUCCUCCGUGCGCCGUGUCGCCCCAAAUUGCGACCACACCGCCCCGCUCCGGAUCGCCUGAACCCGUGCCCCCGCCCUGCUCCCCGCCGUGCUCUCCGGGUGCUCGUUGUUCUCCGCGAGUCGCGGAGGCCGAGCAGCAGGAAGAUGAAAACGACCCGGACAUUGUGGCGGAGCUCAUUCGACGCGGGGUCCUCAGGAGCCCUUUCUCGUGGAUGAAAAGCGCCGAGUCCGGCCCCCAGAUCGAUGUGGAUGUCGACGUGUCUGUAAUGUCUGGCGCGUCGAGCGAUUUCGUCAGCGACCUGUUGAUCUCGGGGUCUUCAUCAACGCCUCGGAAGGCGCAGCGCUCCAGCCCCGAUUCCCCUGAGCAGCAGCAGCAGCAGCAGCAGCGGCGCCAACGUGGCGGCGCGGAUACGGCGUUCGACCCUUCACACGAGGCGUCGUCGAAGCAACAGCUGGCAGACGAUAUCUUGCGCCAGACAAUGGAGGACAGUGGUACCCUCGAAACUCUGCCGGAAGAUCUCGAAGGCAUGUUCGAGCGUUUGGGCAAGGUUGAUGAGUAUGGCUUUGAGAGACCAGAGGAUUUCGAUUAUGAAACGUACGAAGAUUUCAUGUCACAGUACUUGGUGGUUCUCGCGAAAAGAGCGAAAAAGUGGCACGAGCUUAUUGGGGAAGGAAAAUCCUUGAAAAGGAGUCUUACUGUAAAACGUUAUGUUAGGAAAGGAAUUCCAGGGGAACAUAGGGGGAUGGUAUGGAUGACGGUUAGUGGAGCAGAUAUUAUGAGGGAAGAAUUGGGGCAUGAUUGGUAUCAGCGACUUUUAUCAGGCCCUAAGGACCAGGAAAUAAUAGACACUGUCAAAAUGGACCUGCCACGAACAUAUCCAGACAAUAUUUUCUUUAAUGCUGCUGAUGAUCAUCAGAUCAGACUGUGCAAUAUUCUUGUGGCAUAUGCACACGACAAUAAAGAAGUAGGUUAUUGCCAGGGAUUGAAUUACAUUGCAGGGCUGUUAUUAUUGGUCACAAAGGAUGAUGAAACGACAUUUUGGCUCCUGAAGGUACUAGUUGAGCGUGUAUUGCCAAAAUAUUAUACACGCACUAUGGAUGGAGUAAUUACGGACAUAGCAGUGUUGGAAGAACUAGUCAGAGCAAAGGUACCUGAUGUGUACCGUCAUGUGAGAAAUGUGGGUUUGCCAUGGGCUGUGAUUACUACCAAGUGGUUCAUUUGUCUCUUUGCAGAGGUGCUUCCUAUUGAGACUGUGUUGCGUGUGUGGGACUGCCUUUUCUAUGAAGGUUCCAAGAUCAUCUUUCGUGUAUGCAUCACACUCAUCAAACGCAAUCGUGAACAACUCUUGCAAUGCAGUGACUUCUCCUCUCUUGCAGAAUGCUUCAAAGAAAUCACACACGAUUCUUUGGUGAUGCAGUGCCAUGAUUUCAUGCAGAGCAUCUUUAAAACUCCAGGCUCCUUACCAGCGAGUUCCAUUUCAAGAUUGCGCACCAAACUAGCUCAACAUAAAUUAGAUCAGCAGCCACGGUGAGCUGCUUUUGAUUGACUCCCAGCAAAACAAAUUUUAAAGAAUUUCCAUCCAGCCCACAGUAAAGUGAUACUUGGAAUCCUUCUUUGCUGAACCGUUUCUUUAUUUUAAAUACAAUAAUAAUUUGUAGAGGAAUAGUUAGCAGGGAGAAAAAGGUUUCCAUCCAAUGAACGAAUAUUUGCAUUGUGUUCCUCUUUUUAAAAGGUGUACUAUGCAAUGAUAUAUAAAGCAGGAUUGGACAAAGCAGAGCACUAAAUAUGAGAUUAUAUUUCGAGUAGAAUUUUACUGUGGAUACAGAUGUAAGAAUUUAUGUUUAUUUGUGCACUAGGAGGCAGUGAUCUCAUGUUGGCAAUGUCCCAUCUGUGGUACCGGAACUCAAAUGACAAAUAAUUCUUGUAUUCUUAUCUAACUGUUGUAGAGUACUGAAUGUUGAACCAUUCCGACCUUUGUCUGAGUAGACAAAUUAAACCAUAUUUUGUGUGCACAUGAAAUAGGUUACCAGUAUUAUGUACAAAAUUGCUCAAAGGGGCAAUAUCAAGAAAAAUAGUGAUAAAUAUUAGACAUUUAGAGGCUAUUAACAAUGAAGCAAUAUACAUUUUAGCUCUGUAAGCCUUUGUAUAAAAAUAUUUAAAAUGACUUUCUAGAUAGAAAGAUUUCAGCAUUGACAUCUGUCAUUAUGCUACAAACUAUUUAAAUAUUGCAUCAGAGAUAACCUAGUUAAUGCUUUCACUGUGCUAUUUUUCCUGCCAGAAAGCAGAAAUGUGUACAUUAGUGUAUAUGGAUUAAUUUGUUUCUUCUAUCUUAAUGCCAAUUUUGAAAACUAUCUAAUGGCUGCUAGUGCCAAUUUAUAUUAAAUUUUAUCUUCUUGUGUGUGGGUGAAUGUCAUUCUAUCUCCUACCGAUAGCUGUUACAUGGGGCCUUCCUUGUGGAUGUUUGGCAAUGAAUGAGGAUCUUAGAGAAAAGGGCAGGGAUUUUUUAUAAGAUUCAUUUACCUGUCUGAGAGAUACACCUGAUCAGCCAGACAGCCACAACUCUUGUUAUUCACAUUUUAAUACUCUACAAAAGACAUCUGCAUUCAAAGGAGGAUCUUUUUUCCUUCUGCUUGAAAAAAGUUUGAAGUUGCCUUGUAUAAAAGGACUGUACAGAAUGUAGAUAUCUUCUGUAUAAUAAAUUGUGUGGUUGUUCUAUAUUUUGCUCUCUCUGAGAUUGUUCAAACUGUAUGUAGAUAAGAUUUGGGCGAAAAAAUCAAAUGUGUGAUUUUCUGAGAUAUUUUUGUGCUUCAUAUGUGAUGAUAAGGCUUUACCCAUUAAGAUACUGUUGUAAAUGUUAGAUAAUGUCAAUUACAUUGUUAUUAUUCUUUAAUUAAUUGGUAUGUGUGCAUACUUUAAGAAAAUACUUGUUGCAGUGGUGUGUUAGCUCUUCAUGAUUUUUUAGGAAUAGAUCAAGAUAAACAAAUUCUUGAGUUUUCUAGUUUCCAAAAAAUUAUAUAAUCAACUGGUGCCAAUAUUUCACCAUUUUUAACAAUGCAUAUCCAAAGGUGAUCACUUUGAUAGAUGUGAAUGGCAUCAACAGAUUUUAAUUCUAUACCGUCCUGCUUCAGUUCCUUGCAAGUUCCAUUAGCUCCUUCAACAGUAUUAACUAUAUUUUAGCCUUUGGAAAGUUAACGUUGUCUAGGAAGAACCUGUGUCGCGAAAGGUUAAUUUAUUAUACUUGGGAGCUCGUGCAUCACUCCUUGCUUGUGGAUGUGUAGAUAAUAUCUCCUACUGUGCAAUGAAACCUAAGUAAUUUAGGCUUUGUGCAGAACAGUUAUUGUAAAAAAUGCUUUUUGAAUAGGUUAUUGUACAAUUCACAUGUAAAUGAUAUUUCUCUAGACAACAUAAUAAAAAGAACAAACCAAUAUCUGUAGUUUUUGGAAAAUUUGUU